AUGAUGGGAACACACAUGAUGCACCAGCAGUACAACGGACGGCCAACCGGAUCGCCGCCUCUGCCCAGAGAACCGGCGGCCUUCCCGUACCUUAUGAGCCCUCCUAGCUACAGCGCCGCGACCGCUCCCACCAUGCCAGCUCCGCAGUAUCAACCACAGAUCCCCAUGCAGUACAACCCGUACACCUCCCCCCCAGAGUCUGUCCAGGCACCGUUCAAGGAUGAGAGACCUGCCGCCCUGCGGCCAAUGACCACGGAGGCAGAUCUGAACCGCUGUGUCGGGUACCAACGAGAGCCACCGCCGGCCUACCAGGAACACCACCGAAGCCCGUCUGUCAAGAGUGAGAUAGCCUCUGAAGACACCGUGGUUCCUCCCAAGGCCCGAACUAUCACCUCCAACAUUCCCAUCGGUGGUGCAGUUCAACCGGAGUUCCACACGGCCGUCGACACUCUGAUGAAGUCGAUCCAGUCCAAGCCACACACAGAUGAGUUGGUGAAAGCUCCCGAUCCUGAAGACCUUCAGGAGGAACGAGAAGUCUCACCAGAUCCGCCAGUUGCCCGGGGAAAGAGGUCGAGAAAGGCCAAACGAAGACGGCACAACUGCGACGUCCCGGGUUGUGGGAAGGUCUUCUAUCAAAAAACGCACCUCGAUAUUCAUCGCCGUGCACACACUGGCGAGCGCCCCUACGUUUGCGCGCUGCCCAAUUGUGGACAACGCUUCUCUCAGGUUGGAAACCUCAAGACUCACGAGCGGCGCCACACCGGUGAAAAGCCCUACCAAUGUGAAAAGUGCGGAAAGCGGUUCGCACAGCGAGGAAACGUUCGCGCCCACUUGCGGACACACGAGCACGUCAAGCCGCAAGCCCACAUGAACCGCUUCCAUGCCGCUUCUCUCAAAGCCCUCAUGGGCAAAUUUGAGUACAUGAGGGAGUGCGACAUGACUGAGGACGACAGGGAGCUCCGGGGGUACUUUGCCACGCUCUUCAAGAACAGCAACAAGGGCAUCAAGGGCCGCGGGCGAGACCGCAAGGUUGGCGCGUCGUCCGUACCCGUCACGCCCAUCAGCCCGACGCCCAGCGUUCCGCCCCAGUACCGCGCCCAGAACCCUGUGCAUGGUCUCCAGGCGGGCGUGGAGCAUCAACCAGCGUUCGCUGCUGCCCGCGUUGCACCCCAGGCCCUGAUGAUCCCCAUGUCCCUGCCGAGGGAGCACCAGGUCGGCUACGACAUGUACGACGCCGACCACGAGUCCAUGACCGCAAGCGGCUCCUCGUCCUCGUCAGGCGGCCCAAUCUACGAGGACGAUCACGCCCGCGAGAUGGCUUUUAGCGAGCGGCAUUUUAACGAGCGAAUGUACUAA